AUUUCCUGGAGGUGACGGUGAGCCGCGAAGAAAGAAGGCCAAAGCGAAGAAGAAUUCCCGAAGGAAGUCGCGGCGGCGGUAGCAGAGAGAGGGUGCUCCGAGCUCGGCAAAUGCCAAGCGGUGUUUGGUCGCUGAAUGAACUCUGUGUACUGCAGGAGGCCAGCAGGGGGGGACCUUCUCAGCUCGGAGAUAUUGGAUUACAAACUCAGGGAAGAGGAGGAUCUGCCCCAGCAUUUGUAGGUACGGCUCUUGAAUCUUCCACAUCAGGCUCCGCUCCUUGCAAUUCCAGAUCGUGUAUGUAAACAGAUCUCCUUCGCAGCCGGAUCGCCAGAGAGCCCGCGUCAAGCUCCGCACUCUCCGGAGGGAGCUUCUUCACUGAGGGCAUCGCUUCGGUUCUUUUUCGCUUUGCCAUCCGCCCAUCCGCCCCUGCUGCUGCUGUUUCUCCCUCCUCCUCUCCUCCUCCUCCUCCUCUCCUUCCCUCCUCCUCCUCUCGCUCUUUAUUUUGUUUGGAUUCAGCGAGGAGAGGCAACUGGUUUGGAGGUAGCAGGGAGAAUGGUGAUAAAGAUGAUGAUGUGGAAGAGAUGGAGAUGAAGCAGACUAUGCAGAUCCGGGGACUCCUGUUGCUGCUGCCGGCACUAUGGGCUCUCUUUCCGCGGGACACCACGGCUGUAAUAGGCACAAAGGGUACUGGAAUGCCAAUCAAACUGAAGGUGUCCCAGGGACAGCCGGUGAAACUGAACUGCAGCCUCGAGGGAAUGGAAGACCCAGAGAUGCUUUGGAUCAAGGAUGGAUCUGUGGUACAGAGUGUAGACCAGGUGUACAUUCCAGUAGAUGAAGAACACUGGAUUGGUUUCCUCAGCUUGAAGUCUGUAGAUCGGACAGACUCUGGAAAGUAUUGGUGCCAGGUUGAGACUAAGGGGAAGAAAGAAGAAUCACAGCAAGUGUGGCUUAUUGUGGAAGGUGUUCCUUACUUCACUGUUGAGCCUGAAGAUUUGUCUGUAAUCCCCAAUACUCCCUUUCAUAUGGUCUGUGCUGCAAUUGGCCCACCUGAGCCAGUGACAAUUGUCUGGUGGAUGGGUGAUUCCAGAAUUGGGCUUCCCGACCUCUCCCCUUCCACCCUAAAUGUGUCAGGUAUUAAUCAAAGCACAGUUUUCUCCUGUGAAGCCCACAACAUAAAGGGACUGUCUUCAUCUCGGACGGCAACUGUGCAGAUUAAAGCUAAACCCUUUCCGCCUCUCAACGUGACGGUAACUCAGAUCACCAGCAACAACGCCAGUGUCACUUGGGUACCAGGAUUCAAUGGCCGUUCCUCACUUCAAUAUUGUACAGUUAAGGUGGCUGAGCCACAGGAAGAUGAGGAAGUUUCUACAGAAAUUGUCCCUGUCCCGUCCUUUACCAGGGCUUUUCCAGGAUUAAAGCAUUCCACCAAUUAUAGUGUCCAGGUCCAAUGCACUAAUGAAAUGGGCAGCUCCCCUUUUACAGACUGGGUCUAUUUUCAGACCUUGGGGUUAGCUCCAAACAGUACUCCACAAAAUGUACAUGUUAUCCAAAGAGAUUCUUGCCUGAUUUUGGAAUGGGAAGCAAUAGCUCCAGAAAUGCUUAGAGACGGUGCUCUGGGAUACAGGUUGGAGUGGAGUCAAGAUAACAUAACUCAGGGAGAGAUGGUAGUGCAGGAGACAAGAGCCAACCUUUCUUUGUGGAAUCCCCUAAAAGACCUUGUAAUCAGGGUCUGCAUACUCAACUCAGCUGGCUGCGGACCAUGGAGUGAGCCCUUGUUGGUUACUGCCCAAGAUUUAAUAGGAGGGCAGAGACAGCCUCGCUAUGGCACAUCAUGGGUUCCUGUGGUUUUAGGCAUUCUUACUGCACUGGUUACAGCUGUUGCCUUGGCACUAAUCCUCCUACGGAAAAGAAGAAAAGAAACUCGUUUUGGUCAUGCUUUUGGCAGCGUGGUGGGUGGGGAUCCAGUGGUCCAUUUCAGAGCAGUGAGAUCUUUCAACAGAGAAGGUCCAGAGCUUAUUGAGGCAACAUUGGAUAGUAUAGGAAUCAGCGAUGACCUGAAGAUGAAACUGAAAGAUGUCCUGAUUCAGGAGCAGCAGUUUACUCUGGGAAGAAUGCUUGGCAAGGGGGAGUUUGGGUCUGUAAGAGAAGGUCAGCUGAAACUGCCUGAUGGUUCUCUCCAGAAAGUUGCAGUGAAAAUGCUAAAAGCGGACAUCUUCACCUCAAAUGAUAUUGAGGAAUUCCUGAAAGAAGCUGCCUGCAUGAAGGAGUUUGACCAUCCACGCGUUACUAAACUCAUUGGAGUCAGCUUGCGCAAUCGACCUAAAGGCCGGCUACCCAUCCCAAUGGUUAUCCUGCCCUUCAUGAAACAUGGAGACCUUCACUCUUUUCUACUGAUGUCCCGAAUUGGAGAAAACCCUUUUCACUUGCCUCUUCAGACACUCUUGAAGUUUAUGAUUGAUAUUGCUAGUGGCAUGGAGUACCUGAGCUCCAAAAACUUCAUACACAGGGACCUUGCUGCUCGGAAUUGCAUGCUGGAUGAAAACAUGAAUGUGUGUGUUGCUGAUUUUGGGCUUUCAAAGAAAAUCUAUAGUGGAGACUAUUACCGUCAGGGCUGUGCCUCUAAGCUGCCAGUGAAGUGGCUUGCACUGGAAAGCCUGGCGGACAAUCUUUACACAACACAUAGUGAUGUGUGGGCUUUUGGUGUGACUAUGUGGGAAAUUGUGACCCGAGGGCAAACUCCUUAUGCAGGCAUUGAGAAUGCAGAAAUUUACAACUACCUCAUCAGUGGAAAUAGACUGAAGCAGCCCCCGGAGUGCCUGGAAGAUGUCUAUGAUCUCAUGUGCAGAUGCUGGCAUUCGGAGCCCAAGCUACGUCCCAGUUUCGGAGCAUUGAAGUUACAACUAGAAAUGGUCUUGGCAAGACUGUCUUUGCUCUCUUCCAGUCAGGAUCCUUUAUAUGUAAACAUUGGGAAGCCUCAAGAAGCUUCUAGGAACAACCCCACAAUUAAUUGUCCCUUUGGAACCUUGGACAGUGAAGUGAACAUUGCAGGAGCAACUGCUGCUGCUGCUGUCACUAGUGACUACCGUUACAUCAUGAGCCCCUUGUGCCUUGAAAAUGAUGCUGAAAGUGAAAGACAUCUGGAUGCAUCUGAAGGGGAGGCCAGGAGCCUUCUCUAUGAUUUGGAGAUGGGAGCAAAACGAUGUUAGCCUGAAAGAAAAGUGGCAUUUCACCCUCCUCCAGCAAGAUGUGUGUUUGUUCAUCACCAUAUGGUACUGCUUUACAAAGACAGUUGUAGGCUGUGUUUAACCAGCACUGGUAGCUGUAACAUGGGCUACUUCUGUAGCUGCCUACAACUGCUUUCGUUGCUGUGGCUGGCAGCCGAAGGUUAUCACAAAUCCUAAUCACCUCUUGGCCUUCUGAGGCUCAAUCGUCAGUGAAAUCCAGAGGUAAUCGUUUGCAGCCAAUAAGUGUCCACAGACUUCUGAUGAAGUACUGGAGUCGAGUGCAGUGCUCUUCAGCACUCUCUUUUUCAUAAUUUCCCCCCAUUGCUGGGUGAGCAAGUCUGAGGCCAGCACAUCGGAGGGUGGGGGGAGGAUAACUGGCAAGUAUUCAUAUUGACUCAGACUAUCUUUCAGGGCAUGAGAAAAAAGCCUCAUUUAGCAGUCCUGCCUAGACCUCUUGUCUACCUCAGUGGUUCUCGAACUAGGCUCUGUAUGGCUCCUUCUGUAUGAUAGAGAAACACUGCACCUUUUCUCAGCAGGGUGUUUGGUUGCCUCGUGUAGGCAUUCUUCCAGGCUUUCCCAGCAGCUAAUCAACAAAAUUCUAACUUCCCCGCCCCCUACCCCACAGGCCGUUUUUGUCUUUCUCUGCUUUAUGACUGACAUAAAAUGGGUUAUAAUCAGUGUUGCCAUUGAUUAUAAUGUUACCAAAGCAGAGCGGUGACAAAAGCAUGAAGACAUAACCCAAUUUCAAACAGAUGUUAAGGGAACAACGCAGAAGCUGGUAGCACUCGGAAUAAUUUGAUCCUAACAGUGCAACCCUAAGUACUGUUACUAGAGAAUAAGCACUGCUGAGCUCAGUGGAAUUUACUUCUGAGUAAACAUGCUUAUGACUGCACACUUAGUCAUGCAAAGCACCAUAUACCCAAUGAGGAAAAGAAAAUAUAUAUAUUCAAAAAGGAGGUGUAUGAUGAUAGUAGGUGGCAGUACUCUCAGUAAAAAAAACAGGUUUUCAUUUUAUGCCUUUAUCCUGCUGCCUAAUUAUUAUUAUUAUUAUUAUCAGUAAUUGCAGCAACUGGUAAACUGACAUCAGAGGAAAAAGGGAUGCUUUCUAUAUAAAGAGGUCGUCUUCAGUCAGAAACGGUUUGAGAAUCACUGGCCUCCCUGAUUAGAGGCUCUUCUGGCACUCUGCAUAAGUACAGCUGUGUCGGAACAUAACUUUGCCUAUUUCAAUAACAUUCACGAAGGAAAUACUCACUUUUAAGUAUUCAUUUUUCAAAUCAGUUUGUGUGAUUAAUCAUAACUGGAAAGAAUAACAUGCAUUUUUUUAAAAAGGAGAAGACUACAAUGUGUAAAUCAGUCAGUGCUUUUGUACAGCUGUUCCUAACAUAUAGAGUAGGCCUAGGGCACUACACAUGAUUGUGGCUGCCUCUGCAUUAUUAGCAAAUCUAAAUUCAUCCUCUUUGUUUGGUGGACUCCCUAAUGCGGUGAUAUUCAAUAUUCAGCCACAGAAUCACCUUGAAAAGGACCCAGCUGAAGUUAAGACAUUUUCAAGACUUAUUUCCAUGAGAGGGUGUAGCAUAUGCUUAGUUCUCUCCUACUGAAAUAUAUGGGACUUAAAAUGUUUGGUUUUGGCUGGAUCAUAACCAUUGUUUCCAGACUGCAGAUCCUUUAGAGGCUGUCUGCACAACUAAAUCCAACAGUAAGAUAAUACCACUGGUGGUAUGUUUGUUCUGGCCUAAUCAUGUGUUCUCAUUGGACAUUUCAUCCAUUCCUCUUCCACUUGAACAAACAUGUAAUCUAGAAUUGCUGGAACUAAGUUACAUCACAAGUCCUCCUGAGGGGCAUUGAGAAAGCCGCUUAUACCAAUUAGUUUACCCGUAUCAGAUUUAACCUCAUUUGUUCACAUAUAUAGGAUAUUUGGCAGUUUUUUUCAAAAAAUGUUUAAAGAGUGAUCUUUCUCAUAUUCCAGAGUAAAUAAUUCAUAAAAGCCAGUUCCUGCAUUACUCUUCAGGUCAACUAAGAAAUUGAACUCAGGACUGGGCUGUGCAGAUAGGAUUGUAUUCUGUUAGGACUAUGUUCUGUGCAGAUGUUCUAUCAGUUACUCUCAAUACAUUUUAAGUUUUCAACAAGGCUUUGGAGAAAGGAAACUUCCACUCCCACCGCCUCUCCAAAAACUGGGCUCACUGAGGUUCAUUUAGUCCCACAAUGUCCUUAAGUAUACUUUAUGUUUUUCAUAUAAAGUUUGCUUUCACUCCUGUGGAAGAAGUAAAGUACUCCCCCUUGUCCCUCAGACUAGCCUUGCAGCCAUGAAGGAACAACCCUUUGUUUAACUGUGUGUCUGCCCCCAUUCAUGUAUAAAACAGUGGACUCUAAUAAGCCCUAUUCAGACAUUGUGGAUUUUUUUAAAAAAAGAUGCUGUAUAUGUGUAUAAGAAGCAUUCCAGACGUCCUGCCUCGGUGCGUCACUCACCCCCUGCCUGCACAUUAUGGAAAAGUUCAUCUGUAGAGGCAAACUCAAUAACUGUGAUGGUGGGCAUUUCUGUGAUCAGGCUUGGGUGCCUGAGUCUGCCAAUCAUGGAAAUGCCCACCAUGAUGGUUAAGGCACAUAGGAAGCUGCCAUAUACUGAGUCAGACCAUAGGUCCAUCUUGUUUAGUAUUGUCUACACAGACUGGCAGCGGCUUCUCCAAGGUUGUAGGCAGGAAUCUCUCUCAGCCCUAUGUUGGAGAUGCCAGGGAGGGAACUUGGAACCUAGAUGUUCUUCCCAGAGCAGCUUCAUCCCCUAAGGGGAAUAUCUUACAGAGCUCACACUUCUAGUCUCCCUUUCAUAUGCAGCUAGGGCAGACCCUGCUUAGCUAAGGGGACAAGUCAUGCUUGCUACCACAAGACCAGCUCUCUUCCUAGAGUUUGCCUCUGUGGAAGAACGCCACCAUAACUCCGAAUAGUACAGGCAGAGGUGAGUGAUAUGUUGGGACAGGACUUGUGGAGUGCUUUGGGACACUUGUACUUGUGCACAAUAUCUUUUUAAAUAAUGUCUGAAUAGGGCUAUUUUUACAGCACAAAGUGCUCAUUGAUGAGGGCAGCUGAAUGCACCUCUGUCUUAUCUUGCUACACUCUCUUCUUCUCAGCCCAGCCUUUGGGGGCUGAGAAGGGAAAUCCUUAAAAGUGCCAGCAGGUGACAUGAGAGAUGGUUCAGCUCCUUUGACUCAUAUGUAUCUUUUGUUGUAAGAAACAGAAAGCUUUGUAUGUGAAUGGGGCAGACACAGGAAUAACAAGCAUGGCUGCCUCCCCACCCCCCACACACUUUGGCUAUACAAAGAACAUCAGGGGAACAACAACAAUGCCAUAUAUGGACCCUUUCUGCCUUUCCCCUACCCCAAAGUAACAUGAUAUUCUUGGAACCUCCCCAUAAAUAUGCAAUGAGAAAUUGGGUUAAAUCUUCCCGUUACAAAGGAUUGCCUAUUCAGGAUGUAGCUACAGAUUAUCUCUUCAGAAUGUUUAGCUACAAAGUAGCUAGAACUGUUAGUGUUAACUAAUCUGAAUUAAGUUAUCAUGAAAACAAACCCUGUAAUAUUUCCAGUAUGCCUACUUUAAUUCUUCCAUAGUAUAAAAGCAUACUCUCAACAUUUAUUUUUGCAAACAUCAGUGGUAUCCGUUCAGCACCAGUGGUAUUUGGUUGUGCAUAUGAGCUUCCCAUCAUCACAGUUGUAUAUUACCAAAGCUAAUAAGUAGUGUCAUGCUUGGCAAUGUAAACUUUUUCUGACAGAGGUCAGUAAAACUGGUGGCAUACUAAUAGGAUUAUAACUAUGAUUGAAAAAUGGAUGUGUAAAGUAAGUGCUGAGAAAUCCAUAUAUGAUGUUUUGGAAUGUAGUAAAGUUGAUGUAUUGCAGGGUUUCUUAACCUUGGGCCCCCAGUUGUUGUUGGACUACAGCUCCCAGAAUCCUCAGCUGCAAUGGCUUUUGCUUUGGGAUUCUGGGAGUUGUAGUCCAACAACAUCUGGGAGCCCAAGGUUAAGAAACCCUGAUGCAGCAUUGUCUGAAUACAAUAUAGUUGGGACCAAACAGUAACACUGAGAUAUGUUAUCCUAUGAACCAUUGAGACAAAGUCCCAAUUGUCAAAUUUCACUCUUGAAUUUGAGUCCAGAUUUGAAAUGCAUAUUGUCUAGUAGUCUGAAUCUCAAACUUUUGAUGGGCAUUCAUCUGGUUGAAUUCAGCUACCUAAAGCAAGUGUUCUGUAGAAGCCUUUCCAAUGGCCUAUGCAAUAAUUCAGCAUAGGUGUAAACUGAACUUUGUUGAGCAUUAGACAGUGCCCUGCCACCCCUUCAUCCCUUAUUGAGCUUGUUUACAAGAAAUACAGGAGAGUGGUAAGAAUGUACUUCUUAACAAAGAACACCAUCUUGCCCCAUACCUGUGUGCUCAUAUUGUGCAGUGUGAGACAUAAAGACUAACAGCCCAGUCCCAUGCCUCUUUGCCUGGAAUUAAGUCUCACAGUUCAGUGAGAUUUACUCCCACAUAAGUGUGCAUAGGAUUGUAGCUUUCCUGCAACAGCCACUUAGCAAGAAAAGCAAGUGUACAUAUAAAAUCUAAUUUUCUGAAGCAUGUCAUUAGUUUUUAUGCUUUUUUAAAAUAAAAUAUGUACUGUGUCUA